UUCAAAGGCUCUCGUCAGUACAAGCCAAAGGCACUUUAAUGUAUUUUAUGUUCCGGUAUUUCCUCCACACUCUGUUUGAAACUUGUUUCUGGACCUAUGGCACAUUAGACAGCUUUCCAGCGAUGUUUUGGGAAUAUUUCGACGCGGCUCGACGACUCGGAGAUUCAUCGGGCUGGACGAGCGAGUGAGAGACAUGGACAACUCUGUCACCCUGUGGCAGUUCCUUCUCCAGCUCCUGUUGGAUUCCAGUAAUGAGCAGCUGAUCUGCUGGACCAAUGAGGAAGGGGAGUUCAAACUGCUGCAGGCAGAGGAGGUGGCCCGUCUGUGGGGAGCCCGCAAGAACAAGCCCAACAUGAACUAUGACAAACUCAGCAGGGCUCUCAGAUACUACUACGACAAGAACAUCAUAAAGAAGGUGAACGGUCAGAAGUUUGUCUAUCGCUUUGUGUCCUAUCCUGACAUCCUGAAAGGAGAUGUUGCUACCCGAACGCAGGGCGGGGAUGUGGCUGCUGGGGGCGUCCCUCAACUGUCAAAGAGGGGAGAUGGCACUGGACAGGAGGGUGAGUCAGGUGACCGCAGUGGCACGGCAGCUGUGGGCUCCAGCACCAAGCCGUCGAACCGCAACGACUACAUCCACUCUGGCCUGUACACCUCCUUUACCCUCAACUCACUGCAAAAUGGACGCCAGCUCUUCAAGUCCAUCAAAAUAGAGAACCCAGCAGAGAAGAUGGCUGACAAGAGAGCUGUCACUGCCACACCGCAGAGCCAGGAGCCGCUACCACAGCCGCUGCAGCAAACUGCUUUGCCGUCCGUCAUCAAGUUUGGAAACACCCCUCCAAAGCCAGCUCCGUCGGCGUCUGUUGAAGUUGUCAUAGAGCCGGACCUGAUGCCCAACCACUUGAAUCCUCUGCAAGCUCCAACCCUGAGGGCAGAGGACAUUCACUCCUCCCUGCCAUCCCAGUCUGUAUACCCAUUUGAAAACAUCCGCCCAUCUGAGCCGACGUUCAGCCUACCCGACCUGAUCUCGGCCAGCCCGUCCCCAAGCCUAGUGCCUGACUCCUCCCAGGAGCUGGUGAUUGACAGCGACAUCGAGUCUGGAUCCUCUCAGCCCACAGACGCUCAGGCACCAGAACCCACAGACGCACAGGAGAAGAUGGACAGUGGCAUGGGUUUGUCAGGAGACGAGACCAGUUUGGUGGACGCUGAGACCAGUUCAUCGUCACUGAGCAGCUGCACCACGGUCAGCACUCUGAGCUCAGGAAAGACACGCAAGCCACCGAAAAUCCUGCAGAUCAGCCCGCCAGCUCUGCUGGUCACCACCUCUGACUUCUCCCCCAUGAACCUGUGCAGCCCCUCUCUACCCACUGCCUCUCUCACACCAGCCAUGCUGCAGACUCCCACUCUGUUGCUGACUCCCAGUCCUCUGCUGUCUAACAUCCACUUCUGGAGCACGCUCAGUCCAGUCGCCCCCCUCAGUCCAGCCACACGACGCCAGGGAGCCCACCUGUUCCAGUUCCCGUCGGUCCUUACCCCUCAGUUCCAGAUCCCCGUACACAGUAUGGAUGGGACCAACACACCAGGCCCCAUCUCCCCAGACCCUCAGAAGACAUAGGAUUAACCCCCCCCUUAUAAAGCACAUUAGGACACCUCCCCCCUCCUGUUGCAUCUCCUGCUCCCACACCCAGGACAAUGCUGUGGGAGCUUAGUUGUUGCCAUUCCUCAUCACUCUGGUGCUUUACGGUUCACUGCCACACAAUCACAAUACAGUCAGCUGUGUGGAGGGAGGGUGCGGACAGAUGCUGGCAGUCCAGGUUUGAUGGAUGACUUGUUUCAGAACAUUUACACUCUGAGGAUGCUAUCCAGCAUUCAUACACACUGAUGCCAUCCUUCCUUAUGCACUUAUGGAUUCAUUUGGUCUGGCUUCUUGGGAUUCUCAGUCACAACAGUUCAAAGGAGGGAGGAAUCUCCAUGGCAACAGUUGAUGCAUGUGGACCCUCAGCAGCGACAAUCCUCUUCAUUCUUGGAGACUCAGACAGGUGGAAUUGCAAAUAUCUGAAUCUUUCCUUUUAAAGAACUUCCCUCUGAUCAUGUGUGCGUGUGUGUUUCUCCAAAACACACACGCACACAUGAUCUGUUCUGGGUUACUAACCUGUUUCCUCCCGCUGGCAGUGCUUCUGUUUUUGUUGUGCUCUGUCCUUAACUUUAGCUCUUGCUGAAGGGUAGUGCUUUAACCUGAUAAUGUGCAUGUUUACCUGCAGCUCUUUAUCUUGUACCCAGCUCUCAGCCUUGCCUCACCUGCCUGAGUAUGGACCUGCUGCUCUCUACAGCCAUAUCCCACAGGAUGUUUACCUUCACUUUCUAUCAUGACAUGUGGCCAUAAUCUGAGCUGAACCUUUUAUCAUGCCUCUGUGUAAAUGCUCUGAUAUGUGUGUGUGUGUGUGUGUGUGUGUGUGUGUGUGUGUGUGUGUGUACACAGUAGAAUAAGCCUGAGAGCCAGUGUGACCUGGUCUGCUGCCAGCAGUAAGCUUUCAGGUGGGAAUGAACGAAAGAGAAGCCAUAAUCUUUUCUGUGCAUCGACUCUGCAAGCAGCAGCACAGAAAUCCAGCAUUUCUUACUGCUCUGGUGUUGCCUUUUUGAAUGAACUCUGCACUGUUAAAGGCAGCCAUCAUGUUAGAAAAUACCAUUUAAUUUUUUUUCAAACAAAAGGUGAAGAAUGAUACAAUUUCAAGGAAUACUUUAACGUUUUUGGGAAAUACACCUGUUCAUUUUCGUGCUGAGAGUAAGAUGAGAAGAUCGCUGCCACUCUCAUGUCUUCUCAGUGGAUAUGUAGCUGGAUGCUAACCAGCAGCUGAUUAGCUUAGCUUAGAUUAAACGGAAACAGCUAGCCUGGCUCUGUCCUAAGUUUCUUCUUCCACAUUCCCACCAAAAUAAGCAUGUGCAAGAUUUUUAAACAUGGGUAAACCUACAAAAUAUGAGUGAGUGGCUGCAUUCCCACUGCCACUGAAUUCACCUCUGGAGAGCGAGUCGGCCUUUCUGUCAGCUGGCGUGUGUGUGUGUGUGUGUUGUUUUAUGUAUAGUGCGUCAGUGUAACAUCAGGGACAGGCAUGAACAGAGGUCUGCAAAAACUUUUUAGUGCUAUCUCUAACUUGUUCAGUCUCUCUUUCAAACUCGGUGCAGACUAAUUUGGAAUAAUGUUUCAGAACUGCUUCGGAGGACACAGAUAGUAAUUAGUCAUGGCGCGUUAUUGCAUCCCGACAGAUAAGGAGCUGAAAUUAGCGCGUUCACCCAGGCGUUGCGCUCCCAUCAAAGCCGAUGGGAGCUGGAGGUGAUAAAAACCCUGCAGUGUCUGCAGUCGUUUGACCCAGGUGUGAAUGCCCAUUGUACGCAUUCCCAUUACUUUAAAAAAACAGAUGUUAGCUGGGUUUUUGUGCAGUGGGAUUGAGGCUUAAGAAAUGCUUGCCAGCCUCUUUAGUUCAUCAAUUAACCCUCCGAUACCUGAACAAAUUGGCUGGAUUUUUUUCAAAAACAUGGGAAGAGGGCGAUGAGCAACUAAUUAGUAAAAAGUUACAAGAAAAUCACUUGAAAAUUGCUGCUCUCUCUGUUUCCUCAGUGCUGGCUACGUAUUUACCAAACAGACAUGAGAGUGAUAGCAGUUUCGUCAUAUAACUUUAGGCAAGUAUUUCCCAACCGUGCAACUACUCCUUAAAGUACACUGAGGACUACAGCCAAGCAGAAUAGUUCCUGAUUAAGCAGAAUCACAGCAGAUGUUGAAGCCUUGUUGAUUGUCUACAGAUCAGCUCUGAUGUGUUUGUUGUAAAUGAUUGGCCUCUGAUGAAUGUUGCUUGCAGCGUCAGCACAGGUAUUUGACCUCAGACUGAACCUCUAAAUCUUAGAGGCUUGACUCUGAACAGUCAAGCCUGAACACUUUGCCAAGCCUUAGCCAUGUCAAACACAUCACCCUGCGGGUCCUGAGGACUGUAGAAACCCUCCCCUGACUCCCCCUCCUCUUCUCCUCCAGACCAUCAGCCAUGAAAGGUUUACACUUGUUUUGUAAAUGACUUUGAAGCCAUAAGUCUGAGAGACAGACUCCAGAGGUAGAGCGGCAUUUCUGUGCCAGUAAAUGUGGAAAAUCGCACUUGUUUACAUGAAACUUGGUUAGAACACACUCUUUCUAACCCAGGGAUGGACGACCAGCAAAUCAUGUAGGUCUCAUUUUGACUCAACUAACAGAUAUUUGCCCCCCUCAGCCUGCAGUCAUACGGUGCCUUACCACAGCCAAGCCCAAGUUUAGCUCCCACAUGUGGACGGAGUUGUAAAGUUAGCAAAGAACUUACAGAACAUGACAGCGUUCCUGUUUGAAUGAAUGCCAUAUCUUUGCAUAGACCAAACCAGAGCUGCAGAAGUUCAGAGUGGAACUUCACAGAGGUGUGUGUUCGUUUGUGUGUAUGUGUGUGUGUGUGUGUGUGUGUGUGUGUGUGUGUGUGUGUGUGUGCGCAUGCGCACAUGCGUGUGUGCAUGGGCACAGCAGCUCAUGUGCUGUGCCACAGCUUGUAGGACCUUACAUGUGCAUAAAUGUACAUACAGUAAGCACCAUGGGUUAACCCUUUGAAACCCAAGCAGACUUGUUUGAUUUCCUUCAAAAACAUGGGAAGAAGGCAAUGAGCAACAAAAGAACGAAUUACUCAAAAAUGACUCAUAUUGAAGUCUGUCAAUUAGCAAGAAAACAAUUAUCUAAAAGUUUGUAACAAUAAUAAUAAUAAAUUAAAAGGGAAAUUAUUCGGAAAAAGUCCUCAAAAUUAUAAUAAUUAUUUAACAUAAUUAAUUAUAAGCUAAAAAUAUACCUUUUCUUGCUUUUUUUCUUUUCCCCUAACUUUUUUUCAACAAAAACAAAUCUAAUUCUUUGCAAUUUGUGGAACAUUUCUUACCAAGUUGCUCACUGCCUCUUUUAUGUUUUUUAAAGAAACUACACAAAUUUGCUUGGGAUUCAAAAGUGUAAAUACUUCUGAAAAAUGUCUGAACGCAACACAUGAAAAGCGAUGUUGCCUCAGGUUUUAAUGAAUUAAUAUGCAGAGCAUGUAAAUCUAAUCAGGCCAUGUUUUAGAGCUGGCAGCCAUGUCUCUUUUCCAACCUGCUUCUAAAUGUUUGUGAUAACAAAUUUACUCAGAAAGUAUAUAAAUAUAUAUAUAAAACCUGUUCCUUAUUUUUGUGUAAUCAUUAAUUUUCCUGUAACACCAAUAGAAUUUUAAGAUUAAUUUCUAUUUUUGUAAGGAUAGAUAGUUAGAUGUGAGCUAUCUUGGGUUCUCUGAUUUUGUGUUCUCUCUGUGCAUGUGUUUUUUUUUCUGUUGUUUUUCCUCUCGUGGAUUUGGGAGGUGGCUGCCCCAUGGUGCCAUUGGCUAUUUUUGAGAAUCAAAGCCUUAUGGGGAGAAAUCUGAAUCUAUGUUUUAUAUGUAAAGUGUUUUUGAUAGUGUUGAUAUUGUACAUGCAGAUGUUGUGAUGAAACGUUUGCACUUCACACUUCGGGGUUCCUGCAGUAUUGGAUUCUGUCGCUUUUCUAUGACUCAGAUUUUCCUUUUUUGAUGAAAUGUUGUUGACGUUUGCUUACAGAGAAAUGUAUAUUUUCCCAAAGGGAGGAUAAAUUAUGCACUUGUUAUUUUAUACAGUGAAUCUGAUCUUUUACAAUAUAUAUCACAGGAUUUACAGUGAUUUGUUAUUAGGCACUACCAUACAACAUUAAUUUAUUUGGAUUGAAAGUUAAGUCCAGUACAAUUGGUAAAUUAUACUGCAUUUUUGCAGUAAAUUUGAGGAAAAACUAUUAAAUAGAUGGAUAAUAUUCCCAAAGCCCAUUUAAAACUUUCCUCCAUUAAGUCUUAGAGGACUCUUUGUUUGCAUGUUUCUUCAUUUGUAUCUUCUGAUGAUGUUCUCCCUGAAACGUACCUUUAAAUGUAAAUUCUCCUUUGAAAAAGAAAUAACACACACAGUUCUUGCUUUGUUCUGUCCUGUUUUCUAUUGUUUGAUGCUUUUUCAAAUGUUUACAAGCUGCUUGUCUUAAGUGGCGUAUUGAUAUUUCAGAGGUGUAGAGGAAGUGUUUAUAAUGGAAGAGAAGGUGAGACCAAUAAUAAAAGAUCUCUAACGAA